AUGAGUCGGUAUUCGCAGUCUACCUACACCUACACGAGGCAAGCUGGCGAAACCAUGUCCCUGACCUUCAACGGGACUUUCAUCGGAAUAUACGGAGCGAAACGGCCAGGCUAUGGGCUGUAUCAGAUCGAGCUCGAUGGGAGAAAAUACCCAGUCUCGAGCGCUUACUCGGAUGUGCCCUUGUUCAACCAGACGCUGUUCAGUGCCGAUUCUUUGAGAUAUGGGCUACAUACGAUCAAAUUAGUCAACGCGGGGAACACCACGUUGGAUGUCGAUUCUGUCGCAUUCGAAGGCAAAACCGGGAGGGACGAUGAAGAGCUUAUCCCGGUCACCACGCAAGACAAUGAGCUCCCGUUCUCGUUCUUGCCGGCUUCAGCAUGGAGGCCAUCGCCACGUCCAGGUGCAUUCUCCUGCAGUAGCGCAAUGGUCACUAGCGAUCCAUCUGCGAGGGCAGAAUUCAAAUUCAGAGGUAUCUGUCAGACGUCAUCUCAUCUGAAAAGCUUGUGA